AUGCACAUCCAAACAUUGAGAGGCCGUGUAUUGGAAACCAUAUUAAGCUUGAGGUUCCUCAUUUUUCAAUAUGGCAUUGUCUACAAACUCCAUCUCACUGAGGAUGAUACAUCAUUGGCGAUUUAUGGUUUCUCCUGGGUUGUACUGGUGGCCAUUGUCAUGCUUUUCAAGAUAUUUUCCUACACUCCAAAAAAAUCAACUAAUUUGCAACUAGUGAUGAGAUUCAUGCAAGGAGUAAUAUCACUAGGACUUGUUGCUGCCAUUGCACUUGUUGUUGUAUUCACAAAUUUGUCAAUUGCCGACCUUUUUGCAAGCAUUCUUGCUUUCAUACCUACUGGAUGGAUGAUAAUAUGUCUUGCUAUUACAUGGAAGAAGGUGAUCUGGAGUCUGGGAAUGUGGGAUUCGGUUAGGGAGUUUGCCCGAAUGUAUGAUGCUGGAAUGGGUGCAUUUAGUCGUGGACUGGAGAUUUCUCUCAUCCUUGCUGGAAACAAAGCCAAUGUAUCUACCUGAGUACUUUCGGCUCGGUCUUCUUCUAGAAAAUAUGUCUGACCGAAAAGAGACUAGCAGAUUCUAGAUGAAACAUCUCGUGUAUAAUAUUAUUGUUUCUCUCCUUGAAUAGCUAUACUAGAAUCAAACUCAAUUGUUUUCAAGUAAGUUGUUGUGAAAUAUGUAGGUGCAUAAGAGGAACAUUUUUCUUUUUAAGAUUUUGGGGUUAUAAAAACUACAGUAUGUUCCACGGGUAA